GAGAAUUCGCGGCGAUGGCGACGACGGCUCGGUGCUGAAGAGGGACGCAGUGAAGCGGCCUCGGCUCGGAUAUGACUCAUGUUUACUCAAUCCAGGUUUAUUUGCUGCUUAGUAAUUGCACGGGCUUCGGAUGAAUAUUUGGCUUCUAACUUCUCAUCGCUCCGUUCGCGGAUUUCCAUGUCUUACUUGUGAGAGUUCCCAAACAGGAUCAUCAGGACUGCUCAUUGUCCGAUACUGAUUGUCUGUGACUGGUCCAGGUCAGAGUUCCUCGUUGGGUGACCCACACUCCUUCACAGGGGCCAUGGAGGAGGAGGGGCAGCAGAGCUUGGAGUGUAUCCAGGCCAAUCAGAUCUUCCCCAAGAAAUCACCCGUCCUGGAGGAGGAAAACAUGCAGGUGCCCUUUCUCCAGCUGCACGGGGAGUUCACAGAGUAUGUGGGGAGGGCAGAGGAUGCCAUCAUCGCAAUGUCCAACUACCGACUACACAUCAAGUUCAAAGAGUCCGUUGUCAAUGUUCCUCUGCAGCUCAUAGAGAGCGUGGAGUGUCGUGAUAUGUUCCAGCUGCAUGUCACCUGUAAGGACUGCAAAGUUGUCAGGUGUCAGUUCGCCACUUUUGAGCAGUGUCAGGAAUGGUUGAAACGCCUUGGCGUGGUUGUGCGCCCUCCUUCUCGCCUGGAGGACCUCUUCUCCUUUGCCUUCCACGCCUGGUGCAUGGAGGUGUAUGCCGGCGAGAAGGAGCAGCAUGGUGAGCUGUGCAGACCAGGCGAACACGUGACCUCCUGGUUCAAGAACGAGGUGGAGAGGAUGGGCUUUGACACUCAAAACGCCUGGAGGAUAUCUGACAUCAACAGCAAGUUCAGGCUUUGCCCCAGCUAUCCUCAGCAGCUCCUGGUGCCAGCCUGGAUCACUGACAAGGAGCUGGAAAAUGUGGCAGCCUUCCGCUCCUGGAAGAGGUUUCCUUCAGUGGUUUAUAGGCACCAGAGCACGGGGGCUGUGAUCGCCCGCUGCGGCCAGCCAGAGGUCAGCUGGUGGGGCUGGAGGAACGCCGAUGAUGAGCACCUGGUCCAGUCUAUCGCCAAGGCCUGCGCUGUGGACAGCAGCUCCCGUAAACAUCUUCCCAAUGGCAGCUACACCAAUGGCUCAGACCUGCCUGAUACUGAUUUUGAAUCCUCCAUGACCAACAGCUCAGAGGUGGAGACAUUAGCCAUCCAACCCCACAAGUUGCUGAUCCUGGAUGCCAGGUCCUAUGCUGCUGCCGUAGCUAACAGGGCCAAGGGGGGAGGUUGCGAAUGCCCAGAGUACUAUCCCAACUGUGAGGUGGUGUUCAUGGGCAUGGCCAACAUUCACUCCAUCCGUAAGAGUUUCCAGUCCCUGCGUUUCCUCUGCACUCAGAUGCCUGAUCCAGCCAACUGGCUUUCUGCACUGGAGAGCACCAAGUGGCUGCAGCACUUGUCCCUGCUGCUGAAGGCGGCGCUGCUGGUGGUCAACGCUGUGGACCGGGACCACCGGCCUGUCCUGGUGCACUGCUCUGACGGCUGGGACCGCACACCUCAAAUUGUCGCUUUGUCCAAGCUGCUGCUGGACCCGUACUACCGCACUAUUGAGGGCUUCCAGGUUUUGGUGGAGACAGAGUGGCUGGACUUCGGCCACAAGUUCGCCGACCGCUGUGGCCACGGGGAGAACUCGGAAGACCUGAACGAGCGCUGCCCCGUCUUCCUGCAGUGGCUGGACUGUGUUCACCAGCUGCAGAGGCAGUUCCCAUGCUCCUUUGAGUUUAACGAGGCCUUCCUGGUGAAACUGGUGCAGCAUACCUACUCCUGUCUGUUCGGCACCUUCUUGUGUAACAGCGGUAAGGAGAGGGAGGACCGGCAUGUUCAGGAGAGGACCUGCUCAGUCUGGUCACUGCUGAGACCGGCUAACCGCACACUGAGGAACAUGCUGUACUCGUCACACUCCGAGACCGUUCUUCACCCAGUGUGUCAUGUGCGCAAUCUGAUGCUGUGGACGGCAGUCUACCUGCCCAGCUCCUCCCCCACCACCCCUUCAGAUGACUCCUGUGCCCCCUACCCUGUGCCUGGUGCCAACCCUGAUGAUGCGCCCCUGGGCAGACGUACGAAGACUCGCUCCUUCGACAACUUGCCCAGUGCAUGUGAGCUGGGAAGCACACUGGCUCCUAACCGCCGCUCCAGUGACCCGAGCCUCAAUGAGAAGUGGCAGGACCACCGGCGCUCUCUGGAGCUCAACAUGGCAGUGGGGCCUGAGGGAGGGGGCAACCAGGAUCAGGAGGUGCUGCCUAACGGAGUGGGCCCUUACCCAGAUGGAGUGGACUCUGAGCUGGAUGACAGCCCGCAGCCCCGGGCCUCAAACGCUGAGUUCGCACAGGGAGCCACCCUGAACCCAUCAACGGGAGAGGAUGCAGAGGAGGCAGAGCUCUCUGUGGCGGUGGGCAUGGCUGAAGGCCAGAUGGAGAACAUUCUUCAGGAAGCCUCUAAGGAGGAGGCGGGAGCAGAUGUUCAGAGAGAAGGUAGCGCUGCUGUCACUCAUGUCAUUAACACUGUUGUCACAGAGGUGGAGAAAGAAGCAAAAACCAAUGAGGAUGAUCAGUGUGCUAAAGUCAACGGGACUGAGACACGAGCAGCAUUUGCUAACGGUCACCAUGCAGAAAACGAUGAACUAGAGGCUGAGGAGGACGCUGAAUCUCCUGCUCUGCCUGCACAGAUGGCAGAUGAGCAGGAGCAACAGGCAGCUGAGGAGACUCACACAGCAGAGGAUGUGGAAAAGCAGGUUGUAGAGAGCUUUUCUGAGCAGGUGGAGGAUGCACAUGGACCCAGUCAGUCUGGCUCAGGUGAGCCAGAGCAGCUUGCAGCCCAUAGAACUUUAACGAACGGCUUUGCAGACAGCUCACCUGAAGAACCAGGUGCGGAUGAGGAGACAUGCCUCAACUCUGAGAGAGGUGUCUCAGAGCCGGUGGAGCAGGUGGAUAAGAGGGCCUCCCUGAUGGAAAGCUCUACAGAGACUCUGACUGAAGAGGCCUGCAGCAGGUUGGAGCCCCCUGCACAGCCGUCUGUCUGUCAGAGCCGUCAGCCCCACUACAGGAAAGAGAAGGUGCUGGAGACGGGUGAGCACGGGUUUAUCAGAACUUUAAAUGGGGGUGGCAAGCGGCCCUCUGUCAGUGCCUUUCAGUCUGCUGACCUCAGCAGGGAUGGGCUUUGCAACGGCGACACCUCUGACGGGGAGCCCUCCGGAGGACCUCAAUGGGCCAAAGGGAAUGGGGAGCGGGCCUCUCUGAGCCGACAGGUGUCCCUGGCGAGCUGCAACUCCCUGAUCCUCCACCCACGGGGCAGCUGCUCCCAGCACCGCUGGUGCCACGCCCUGCUGGGCCGGAUCGCCAUCAGCCCAGAGCAGCCGUCCCGCAGCCACCUGGACGACGACGGGCUGACGUUGCACACAGACGCCAUCCAGCAGAGGCUGAGGCAGAUCGAGGCAGGACACCAGAUGGAGGUGGAAACCCUGAAGAAGCAGGUUCAGGAGCUGUGGAGCCGCCUGGAGAAUCAGCAGCAUGCUGGCUCCCACAGGAUCAACGGAGACAUGGGAGACGAAGUGACCUCGAUGACAGACUCGGAGUACAACUUGGACCCCAACUGUCUGUCACGCUGCAGCACAGAGCUCUUCUCAGAGGCCAGCUGGGAGCAGGUGGACAAGCAGGACACUGAGGUCACUCGCUGGUACCCUGACCAUCUGGCAGCCCAGUGUUACGGCUGUGAGAGCAGGUUCUGGCUCGCCACCAGGAAGCAUCACUGCAGUGGCAGGGAGCCUGUCCAGGAGGUCUGGAACUGCGGUAACGUGUUCUGCGCCAGCUGUUGCGACCAGAAGAUCCCAGUGCCAAGCCAGCAGCUGUUCGAGCCCAGCCGCGUCUGUAAGACCUGCUACAGCAGCCUCCAGCUCAGCCCGGCUCCCCUGGACCUGGAGCUGGAGAAACCCAUCACAGCCAGCUCUAACUAAGCCUCCGAGGACCGGGAUGGUGGCGGGGGGCGGUAGGGGGGAGCCGGGCUGAGCCGCCGGCCACUGACACAGGCACACUGCUGAAGAAGAGCACAGGAGCUACGCAGAAUGUCCCCAUGUACUUUGUGUGUGUGUGUGCGCUGCAGAUACGGAAUUUAAUGUGUGUAUAUACCGAAGCUGACGUGGCAGAGGAGCUGAACGGUGGGUUCACAGGUGUGUGUGUGUGUGUGUGUGUGUGUGUGUGUGUGUGUGUGUGUGUGUGUGUGUGUGAGAGAGAGAGAGAGAGAGAGAGGAAAGCACACAUUUGCCACACAGGGUUUGUGGCAGUGACGGGACUGCACUCCUAGACCAGAGGAGCGAGAAUGGACAUCCUGGUGCCUUCGACCAGGCAGUUAGAGAAGGUCGUCUCACUGUGUUGCUGAAGUCUCUUGGAGGGCUUCGGUCCAUUGAAACCAUUUUCCCGCUCACCUACACUUCUCAUCAGACUUCUACAGACCAUCAUCUCCCAGCUUGGACUUCUUCCUUUGUCUGGAGGGUGUAAGAUCAGGAACGACGUGGAAAUUGUGGCAAUCAAGAGACAGUCCCUUGGCAUUAAGAAAUGUCUGGAUGUUGAGCUGAUGCUGACAGAUGUUUUGGGGAAAAGUUUAAAGAGUCAGGUCACCCAAAUUAUAAAAAACAUACUUUCUUCUAGUGUUAUCUAUCCAUGUAAAUAGUUUUGGUUUUAUUUACUGUGUAAUUGAUAUUUUCAUUAUCGAUUUGAAACUGCUUAUCAUUUUCUCAGUUAAUCAUUUUUUAAAUAAAAUGUCAGAAAAUAGUGAAAUAUGCUCUUUAUAAUGUCUCAGAGCCCAAAAUGACAUAUUCAGAUUGCUUAAUCUGCAAAUUCAAUGAUAGGACAAAGAAAAGCAGCAAAUUUUCACAUUUGAGAAGCCUUGAAUCAGCAAAUGUUUGGCUCUUUUGCUUAAAAGAAGUAUCUUAUCAAAAAUAUUUGCCAAUUAAUUGUCUCUUAAAUAUUUUCUUUCAUUUGACUUAUUGAUUGGUGAUGUGUUGUACUUCCAUAAAUUUGAGGGACAUACAAUAGACAGUUUCUGUCAAAAUCAGAGCAGCAGAUGUUGAUAUCCUGACUUUUAGUCUCUACUAGAAGUCAUGAUCCAGAACUGUUUCCUACAUUUCCCAUUAUGCAACUUAGGUUAAUAGCCCCACAUCUCCACAUAGACUUCUUUUCUAAAAAAAAAUGUUAGUCUCAAGCUUAAACAGAGAUAACAUCAGAGUUACUUUCUCAGACUUGAUGAAGCUCCUCCACAGAGGACAUUUUACAUUUUUCUACUCAGUCUGAACUCCAUUACAAGUAAAACAUAUCUUCAUGUAUACAUUUGUGGAGUCUCUAAAAAAAAAUAAAAGAUAACAGCAUUGUUUGUCCCAGAAGCAGCAUCCCCUGUUACUGUGGAUAAUCUACAGUUCUGUGAUUUGGGUGAACUGACCCUUUAACACACUGUGGGCUUAAUCUCAACUUAGCACAUUUGCUUGCUUUUUGUUUUUGUGACAGUUUUGAUCAGCUUUUCACACAGAAUGGCACAAACGUGUGUGCGUAUAUAUACACAGUAUAUACAGCUAACUGACAUGCAAAUACAAAAUUAGAGAGAAAAAAAAAUGCAAAGAGUUGCGUGUGUUAGUUUUGAGUUUCUGUGUUGAGAUUCAGCCCAGAGUGCAGAUAGAAGCAGCAGCAGCUGCAAUCCUGAGGGAUUUUUUAAAAAGUGUAUCUUGGGAUAUUUGUAAUGUCUUCUUUUCUUGCUUUUUUUGAAUCUUGACCACGGUGAAGAGAAAUCCUCACUCACACGAGGACUAGUUAGUGAUAGGAAAAAGGCUUUCGACUGUCCGACCCUCACAGCUGACAGUCUGCCGUAAACGGAUGUGUUGUGGCGUUGUCAGUUUGUGUCAAACGGCGGAUGAGCCGCCCGUCACGGACAGACUGACUGUGUAAUCUCAGUAAUCUGUGUAAUCUCCUCUGUCACGCCCUUCACUCACAGCAACCCCUUUUCUUAUUUUUACCCAGCAGGCACUGGGAGCUGGACGCCUCCCUCACGUUUCAGUCGGUGGUGGGAAUCAGAAGUGAAAUCGUGGUCAGAGGAGCUGUUGAAACAUUUAAAAUCUAAAUACAUAUUUUCAUUUGAUUUUUAUAGUAUUUUCUUGAGACCUGACUUGGGAUUUCUGCUGUGAUUGGCUGAAACGUGGAGGAGAGCAGCGGCAGCAGAAAAGGGCUCUUGGUGUUCUCAUGCCACAUGAAAUCUGUCAGAGAAGCUUCACUGAGACGCCCACUCUGCCUAACACCCAUUCAGUGACCUCCUUGCAUACACACUAACACACACACACACAUUUGUUUUGUAAAAUAAAUGAAUAAAAUAAUAUAUUCAGAUACCUAUAUAGCAUUUAAGAAAAAUGUAUAGAAUCCUUGAAUAGUGGCUCACUAAAUUAGUCACCAAAAAGUUUUUCUUUUUUUAAUUUCUUUGUUUUCUUAUGUUAUUAAUUGCAGAAAUGUACCUAUAUUUUGCACCCUGUUGAAGACACAGGUGUGUGUAUUUUUUUUUUUUUUUUUUAAAUAGAGAAGCAGGGUGUCCUGUUUUGAUGCUGCAGUGGAUUUUUCCCUUUUAAAUGCGAUCAUUACUUUGAUUUUAUUUAUUAUGGUUUUGUUGUUUAAUGGCUGUUUGAAAAUCCAGACAAUUCAAUUGCCACAGGAUAAUCAGUGUUUAUGAGAUUCGGGGGAUGAGAGAUGGUUCUGAUCUGUGGCUGCGGCGACACUCGUCAUGUCAGUGUCUCGCAUCAGCCAAUCAAAGCAGGAUUUGUGGAGUUAAACAUGCGAGCAGUGCACACAUGCAGUGAGCAGUGUGGAUGUAGCUGGUGAGACGUCUAUGCACUGAGAGAACAGUGGUCCAAAACAAGCAGCCCCAAUCCAAACUAAAAGCCCCCGAACUAGACCCCCCACGCCCCUCCCCUGACUCACACACACAAACAUUACUCCAUUCAUACCUACAAACACUACCUCUACUUUCUACACAUACUCGUUCACACACGCACGCACGCACACACACACACACACACACACACACACACACACUGAGCUUAUAGUAGCUGAGUGAUUGACAUCCUCAACGACGGCCUUUGUUGUUAUUAUUGAAGACUUUUGUUUUUCCAUUAAUCAGCUGGAGCAUUAAAGGUACAGCACACGACUUAAGUUCAUGAUGACCUUCUUGUUGAGACUGCCAAUCUUUCUUUUUUUUUUUUUUUUUUUUAAAUAUCCCUCACCACCUAGCAUGUGACAUCAGCAGGGGGCCUGCCUGCACUUCAUGUAUCAGUAUUGGGAAAGUUCACAUGGGACAGUACAGAAGAUGACAGGCAGGCAGAGGUUUGUUUGACUAUCACAGGAAAUGCUUAAAUAUAGCUGUGUGAUUGACGACAUGAUGCUACUGUAUCAUACUGGAGCUGUAUCACUGAUCUUGUGUUCCUGAUGAGCUGAAACCCUUAUUUGAGACUCUUCUUUAUUUAAAAUGUGGUGGUUGAACCAGCAGAUCACUGAUGUGUGCAGUUGAGCUGCUGUUUAAGGUGGUCGGAACAACAACAGGCUUGAAGUGUUUGUGUUCCUGUGGAUGUGGUGUUAAAUUCAACAGCUCAACCUUCAAGUACAAUGAAUUGUAGCUGUGACACGGUGUCACAAAAUUUAAUAUAAAACACCAAGUUCUUUUUCAAUCUAUUUGAGAGGUACUACUGCAUUAAAACUAAGAGUGAAGCAAGUCUUUGCAAAUUAAAAUUUGUAGUUUGGCCCUGAUGAGCUGCUCAUUACUGAUCUGACUUCAGACUGUUCAGUUUAUAAUGGUGAGGUAAACCUGCUCUGUAAUCUCAGAUAUGUAAUGUGUCUUCAUCUGCAGGUUAUUGGCUGUGACACUUUUCCUCACAGACACAUUGACAACCAGCAGCAUGAAUUUCUUGUUCUGUAUUUUCACCACAAUCACAGGCAUGAGGGGCACCACGCUUGUCUUGUUCAACAAUCCAGGAAUGUGAAUUGUCUAAGAGAAAGAAAAAAAAAAAAAAGGCUAUUUUUUGCACAAAGUAGACACUGCCACAGAGUCCAUCAAAGAAAAGCUGAAACUGAAAGACUGCUGUGCUUUUCAGUAUUGUAAGUGAUCCUGCAGAGCAUGAUGAGAGUCACAUGGAGCGUUGGUUCUGGUUGUAUGUGUGUGGUGGGAGGGUUCGCUAAAGUGGGCAUCAGUUACACAUGUUGCCAGGAUGAUCCCAUGCUGUGCUAUUUUCUCUCUCUCUCUCUCUCUCUCUCUCUCUCUCUCUCUCUCCCAAGAAGUUCUCUUGGUCUGCAUAUGUUGUAUUUUUCUUCACUCAUGCUGACAUGCUCUUGUCGGAGGCGUCGCUGCUACGGCCCAGUAAUCAUUUGAUGUGAGUGAGUGUAUGAGAAUGCAUAAAGCAUUGGUGUGUGUGUGUGUGUGUGUGUGUGUGUGUGUGUGUGUGUGUGUGUGUGUGUGUGUGUGUGUGUGUGUGUGUGUGUGUGUCUCUUUUGGUGGAGACUGGUGCCAAGCAGUUUUAUUACGGGUCUCUCACAAAGGGAUCACUCGUGCUUUUGUUGGAUUUUCCUUUUUUUUUUUUUUCCUCCCUUCUGUUUGAUAAGCACUUUGAACCUUCUCAUGUCUGUCAGAGGAGUGUGUAGCUGUACAUAGCAAUUUCCUGUAACAACAAGUGCUCCUUGUUCAGUCUGAAUAUUUUGUUUUGUUGGAUUUACUUAAAAGAGCAUUACAUUGUCGUAGAAUUAAAGGAGAAAUAAACUAGAUAAACCUA